GAGGAGGAAGGAAGGAGGAGGAAGGAAGGAAGAAGGAAGGAAGGAGGAGGAAGGAAGGAGGAGGAAGGAAGAAGGAAGGAAGGAAGAUGGGAGGAGGAGGAGGAAGGAAGGAAGGAAGGAGGAAGGAAGGAAGAAGGAAGGAGGAGGAAGGAAGGAAGGAGGAGGAAGGAAGGAAGGAGGAGGAAGGAAGGAAGGAAGGAAGGAAGGAGGAGGAAGGAAGGAGGAGGAAGGAAGGAGGAGGAAGGAAGGAAGAAGGAAGGAGGAAGGAAGGAAAGAAGGAAGGAAAGAAGGAAGGAAGAUGGGAGGAGGAGGAGGAGGAGGAGGAGGAGGAAGGAAGGAGGAAGGAAGGAAGGAAGAAGGAAGGAGGAGGAGGAGGAAGGAAGGAGGAGGAGGAAGGAAGGAAGGAAGAAGGAAGGAGGAAGGAAGGAGGAGGAAGGAAGGAGGAGGAAGGAAGGAGGAAGGAAGGAGGAGGAAGGAAGGAAGGAGGAGGAAGGAAGGAAGAAGGAAGGAGGAGGAAGGAAGGAGGAGGAAGGAAGGAAGGAGGAGGAAGGAAGGAGGAAGGAAGGAGGAAGGAAGGAAGAAGGAAGGAAGAAGGAAGGAGGAAGGAAGGAGGAGGAAGGAAGGAGGAGGAAGGAAGGAAGAAGGAAGGAAGAUGGGAGGAGGAGGAGGAGGAGGAGGAAGGAGGAGGAAGGAAGGAAGGAGGAGGAAGGAAGGAAGGAAGGAAGAAGGAAGGAAGAAGGAAGGAAGGAGGAAGGAAGGAGGAGGAAGGAAGGAAGAAGGAAGGAAGAAGGAAGGAAGGAGGGAGGAAGGAAGGAAGAUGGGAGGAGGAGGAGGAGGAGGAGGAGGAGGAGGAGGAAGGAAGGAAGGAAGAAGGAAGGAAGGAGGAAGGAAGAAGGAAGGAAGGAGGAAGGAAGGAGGAGGAAGGAAGGAAGAAGGAAGGAAGGAAAGAAGGAAGGAGGAAGGAAGGAAGAAGGAAGGAGGAAGGAAGAAGGAAGGAAGAAGGAAGGAAGAAGGAAGGAAGGAGGAAGGAAGAAGGAAGGAAGAAGGAAGGAGGAGGAGGAGAGAGAGAGAGAGAGAGAGAGAGAGAGAGAGAGAGAGAGAGAGAGAGAGAGAGAGAGAGAGAGAGAGAGAGAGAGAGAGAGAGAGAGAGAGAGAGAGAGAGAGAGAGAGAGAGAGAGAGAGAGA